AUGGACAACAUCACGGCAGCUCCGCCUCCAACACCAUCAGCACAAUCAAACAGCCACCUUGGCACGUCAGCAGCGUCUGCAGACGCCCUCUCUCGUCUUCUUCACCGCCUCCCUCCUACCCUCUCCCUCCCUACUCGUCUUUCCACUGCUGCCACGUCUCCCCCUCUCAUCUCUCUCUCUGACCCAAACCUUCAAGACCUUUUAUUCUCUGCAUCUUCUCAACUCGGUUUCUUUCAACUCACAAACCACAACAUCUCUUCCCAACUCGCUAAGUCAGCCGAGUCGGAAUCUCUUUCUCUCUUUGAACUCGGUAAAGAUAUAAAAGAAUCGUACUUUCCUAAAAACUGGCCUCUGGGUUUUGAAGAUGAUGAAGAUGGAAACGGCGAGUCGUUUUGGUUGGACGCCGAGUGUUCCACCGUGUCAACCGAGUUGGUUUUAGCUUCCCUACGUGAGCUAACUCGGGCUUUAGAGAAAGUGGGGUUGGAGGUAAUUGAAAUGCUUUCAAAUGGAGUGGGGUUUGAGAAUCCCGCAAAGGAGGAUCCGACCCGUUACUGUUCUUUUUUAUGGGUACAUGAUGGUUUGGAUGGGAAUGAUCAUAAACCUGGUCUGUCCGGUGGGUCUUAUCCCUAUAUAGUCGGGUUACGGUAUCAAAUUCGAUGCCAGAAAUAUUCGAUGUUAACAGAUUCAGGCUGGGAAACUGUGCUGCCACAAGUGGACUCAGUUAUGGUCACCAUCGGCGACAUUGCUCAGGUAUGGAGUAAUGGCAGAUUGAAGAAAGUAAGAGGAAGGCCAACGGCAUGCUUGGGAGAUGGUAAAAACUCAAGCUGCGUAUCAAUGGCACUAUUGGUUACUCUUCCCUUGGAAAGUACCGUCUCUCCCCUCCUCCCUAAAGAGGUUGCUAAUGAAAUUAAUGCCAACGAGGAUGAAAUCGGAGAAGAUAUUGAAGAGCAAAACGAAAUUGGCAACUUCUGUAAGACGGAGAAGAGAUUAUUUAGCUCAUUUUCUUUCGAGGACUAUGCUUGGAGAGCGUAUCAUGAACCCCUCCUCUUCAAAGACCCUCUAGACAAAUACCGCAUCUAG